UGCUUCUGUCCCGCGUUUCACUUUGGAUCGAGUUAGUUGUUCGUGCAAUUAGUUUCGAGUCUCGAUGUGCGUCAGUUUCUCUUCAGUUUUCCUCCUCCUUCAACACUGAGUUGAUGCUUCACUUGUGCGCAGCGCGCGCCGGACUCUCUGGAUUAUUUUCUAGACCGCAAACUAACUCUUGCACAGAUACACACUUCUGAGAUCCAGCCUCACAGAAACAACAUGUUGUGGAAAUUAGCAGAUAACGUCAAGUAUGAAGAUGACUGCGAGCAGGAAAGACAUGAUGUUAGCAGCAAUGGGAACCCUCGGUUACCUCACAUCCCUGCGGUGAGCCAGCACCUCUACAGCCCACCACCAUCCCUUUCCCACCCCGCUAGCUCGGACUUCCAGCCUCCGUAUUUCCCUCCACCUUACCAGCCUAUACCAUACACCCAACCCAGCGACCCAUACUCUCAUCUGGGCGACCCGUUUAACAUCAACCCCAUACACCAGUCUGCAAACUCCAAUCAGCAGCAGUCAUGGCCCGGACGGCAAGGUCAGGAGGGCAUCGGAGGUCAUGGUCGAAGCGGACUCGGAAGUCCUAUUCUGGGCCUGGAGGGGGGCUCGUCCGGGAUGCGGCGGGAUGGUUUUAGGAGGCCAGAACUGCUGCCUCCGCAUAUCCAUGGAAUCGACUCUUUAGGCGACAACAUUGGUUUGCAUGAUAUAGGUCACGGGAUGGAAGAUGUUCAGCACGAUGGUGAUCACAGUAUUAUAAUCCCAGAUCAUACGGUCAUCAAAAAAGGUCCGGUGUCUCUGCCCAAGGGAAAUGCAUUUGGGAUUCCCUUUCAGAAAGAGUCCCUGCUGGGAAUGGUGUCGAAUCCCACUGAGGUCUUCUGUUCGGUUCCUGGCCGUCUCUCUCUUCUCAGCUCCACUUCCAAGUAUAAAGUAACUGUGGCAGAAGUUCAGAGACGCCUGUCGCCGCCCGAGUGUCUGAACGCAUCCCUGCUUGGAGGAGUAUUGCGCAGGGCAAAAUCAAAGAACGGUGGUCGAUCCUUGAGGGAGAAGCUGGAUAAAAUUGGGUUGAACUUGCCGGCGGGUCGCAGAAAGGCUGCUAACGUCACAUUACUGACUGCAUUGGUAGAAGGUGAGGCCGUACACCUGGCCAGGGAUUUUGGGUAUGUCUGUGAAACGGAGUUUCCCGCGAAGGCCAUUGCUGAAUAUCUUGGCCGACCACAUGUGGAACGCAAUGAGAUCAACUCUCGCAAAACCAUGCUGUUGGCAGCCAAGCAAAUCUGCAAGGAGUUCACCGACUUGCUGACUCAGGACCGAUCUCCUCUGGGAAACUCUAGGCCGGCUCCCAUUCUGGAGCCCGGGAUUCAAAGCUGCCUGACUCACUUCAGCCUCAUCACCCAUGGAUUUGGUUCUCCGGCUAUCUGUGCGGCCAUGACCUCGCUGCAAAACUACCUCAACGAGGCGCUCAAACAGGUGGACAAAAUGUACGUGAGUUCGACCGGAGACUCCUCACAAGCCUCUUCCGAUGGUACCAAUAAAGCAGACAAGAUGGACAAACACCGAAAGUGAGACUUGAUGGAAUUUGGAUUGGGACCAUUCGAGCGCAAUAACCGUUUUUGUAGCAGAACUACGUUUUUACCAGAUCUGUCGUCGUUGUUGUAGUAGUUGUCGAAUUUGUUUCCGUUCUGCUUUAUUUGUUCCGACGUCAAGGUUUAACGUCGAGUCUUGGUCUUCCAGCACUUUCUCCUCCACAAAGACACACAUUUCAAUGGUUAGCCUUAGAGUUGUUUAUCGGCCAAUCCCGACUCAGAUGCUCAUCAGGAAGUUGUCUCUCCGAGGGGGGAACUGCAAAAAACGAGGAAGUUGUCGAGUUUCCCCAAAGACACCAUUUCAAGAGCUGACGUGGAUUUUAACAAUGUUUUUCUUUCACUACCGAUCUGGGAGGAGGAAGCUGGGUUUCUCUGUGUCCUCCUCCUUGGUGCUGACCUCCUAAUGGACUUAUCAAGGAUGUGAUUAUAUGUUUUUGAGACAUUAUACGCUUCAUUGGACACAGUGUUAUUGUUCUUCUGUUUGUGGGUGUGUUGUCGGCAUGAGUGGUUGUUUGUAUGUGUGUGUGCAUGUAUUUACAUGAUUACUAAGCCCUAUAUUCACAACAUCAGUGGAUUUUUACUAUUUGUCACCCUGGAUCCCAAAACCUUUAGUCUUGAGUUGCACAGGUUUCUUUUUGUUGAUGGCAAAAAUGCAUCGUGUAGGUCAACAUUUUAUUUAGUGCCAAAAUCUUUAAGAUAUUAAGUGAACAUUACUUAAUCUUCCAUGUUUCACAAAGACAUUUUGUAGGUUUAUUUCUAUAAAUCUAUCAAAACCUAAUUUUUGUUUAGUAAUGUGCAUUGCUGAUAACUUCAUUUGGACAACUUUAAAGGUGAUUUUUCUGAAUAUUUAGAUUUUUUUAACCCUCAUUUCUCUCGACCAAAUAUUGUCCCAGGAAAAAAAACUAUACACCAACGGAAAGCUCAUUUAUUUGGUUUUCAGAUGAUGGAUACAUCUCAAUUUUCUAAGCUCUAAAUUUACAAUAUCAGUGGAAUUUUACCAUUUGUGACUCUGGAUUUUUCAGAAACCAGUCUUAAAGGGCCAUGACACCCCCCACUUUCGGUUAAAGUCUACUUCAGAAUUUUUUCAAAAGAUGCAUGAUUAAUGGGCGUGGAGCUCCGCGAGCAUCGGGCAGGAGUGGGCGUGGCCAGCAGGGGAGAAGGGGAGCGAACAAAGCUAGCUCACAAAAUGAGACAAACCGUGAGGAGACGCAUGAGUUUAUAGUUUACAAAGUUAAAAUGCAAAGAAAUGAACAGUGAUUUAAUGCCCUGCUACAUUUGUUUUUCGUAAUUUCAUAUACAGAUAACCACAGUUUAUAUCAUUAUAAAGAUAAGUGUGUUCAUGUAAACACUAUAAAUGAGGACUUCUCCCUCAAUCCCCGUAUCCAGCAGACUCAGUGCAGCAGGUCUCCUGACCCGUCUAUUUUAACCGUUAGCCCUGCUGGUAAUCUGGAGGAUUUAGGCAAGCACAGCAGCACGGCGAUGUGUCUGAAUGUGAAUGAACCCCUGAUAAAAGACAGCGUCCGCCAUUCUCUAAUUCUCGUGCUGCUCUCCCGACAAAAAUGCUUGCAGCACACAAACAGCUUUGCUGUAUGAUCGGCCCUGACAAGAUCGCGGGGGAAAACAUGCAACAAACCCCGUGGAUCAUGGAAACAAACGCAUAUGAGCCUUCAUGAAUGGCUAAAAACUGUGUGCUUGGGUCCGUGUCUCACAGCUCGGGCUCGACUCUGGCAGGUCUGGCAGGUCUCAUGAAUAAUUAAGCAGCCGGCUCUUCUUAUAGGAUAAGAAAACUCGGCUAUGAAUAAUAAUGAGAAACCGCUACGUCGCCGAUUUUGAUCCCGCCCCAAAAAUCAUUUUAAACCCGGAAGCUGAAAUUAGCUGACAAAAGCUCAAAAUUAUUCAGUUUUCCCCACAAUUAAAGCUGACUGCUGCUAACAUUGUCUUAACUGAUGCUCAACACACAAAAUUUGUUAAUAUAAAAAAAAGUUCUCCAGUGUGUCCUGAACCUUUAAGUUGCACAGGUUUCUUUUUGUGAAUCGGAGAAAUGCAUCGUGUAGGUCAACAUUUUAUCUUGUGCCAAAAUCUUUAGGAUAUUAAGUGAACAUCACUUAAUCUUCUAUGUUUCACGAAGACCUUUUGUAGGUUUAUUUCUAUAAAUCUAUCAAACCCUAAUAUUUCUUUAGUAAUUUGCAUUGCGGAUAACUUGAUUUGGGCAACUUUAAAAGUGAUUUUGUUCAAUAUUUAGAUGUUUUUUAACCCUCACAUUACACAUUGUAUCUCUGCAAAAUAUUUUCCCAUUUUUACAAACCAUACAUCAAAGAAAAGCGUAUUUAUUCGGUUUUCAGAUGACAAAUACAUCUAAAUUUUCUAAGACCUAUAUUCCUGAUAUCAGUGGAUUUUUACCAUUUGUUUAUCUGGAUUUUUUACAAAGCCAGUCUUGAGUUGCACAGCUUUCUUUUUGUAAAUCGAAGAAAUGCAAUGUAUAGGUCAGCAAUAUUUAGUGCCAAAAUCUUUAAGAACAUAAGUGAACAUUACUCAGUCUUAAAUGUUUCACAAAGACAUUUUGUAGGUUUAUUUCUAUAAAUCUAUCAAAACCUAAUCUUCACUUAGAAAUGUGCAUUGCUGAUAACUUCAUUUGGACAACUUUAAUGGGGAUUUUCUGAAUAUAAUUUUUUUUUAACCCUCACAUUGGAGAUUUACAAACAGUUGUGUCUCGACCAAAUAUUGUCCUAUCAUAACAAACCAUACAUCAACCGAAAGCUUAUUAAGUUUUCAGAUGACGUAUACGUCUCAAUUUCCUCAAAUGUACACUUAUGACUAGUUUUGUGGUAUUUUUGGGGUCACAAAUGAGACAUCUUCCAUCUCAAUCAGCUAGGAACAAUUUAAAAGACCCUGAUGAUUAAGUUAACAUGAUCAAAUAUCAUACGCUUAUUAGGUGUGUGUGUGUGCGUGUGUGUGUGUGCGCGUGUGUGUGUAUGAGUCUGUUCAUCUGUUCGUUGCCUUCACAUACAGAAGUUAAAUGUUCCAUUUGUCUUUCCCCAAAUGUAAAUAAUUUCUAAUUUAUGUUGUAAUUUAAUGGGAUUUGUAAAUAUUGGUACAAUUAUGGUGUUUGGUUCCCACUUUUUAAGAAAAAAAAAAGAUGUGUUAAGCUUUUAUAAAGGGUUCUUUUUUGUUUUGUUUUCAAUAAUAUAGUGGUUAGGCUAUGGGAUCGAUAUGCUUUGAUAUGUGUAAUAUUGGUUUUAAAGCUGUAGGAAUAAAAACUCAACACUCUUGAAUUGUGUUGACCGAGACUGUCCAUUUUUACGAUUUGUAGAGUUGUACACUUCACUACACGCAUGCCCUGCCAGUGAGGCGUGUCGAAAAAUGGCCAAUUCAUGUGUAUAAAGAUUCCUUUUUAAAAUAAAUGUCAGCAAUGCUCACA